GUAAUGUACUGUUGUGUGUUGCAGGUGCAGGAGUGACGGCAUCAUGAGUGUGAUAAUAAGGCUGCAGAACUUGCCGUGGUCGGCUAAUGCCCUCGACAUCCGCGAGUUCUUCAAGGGUCUCUCUAUACCCGAGGGUGGUGUACACAUCGUUGGUGGAGAGCUUGGUGAUGCCUUCAUUGCCUUUAGUACGGAUGAAGAUGCAAGACUGGCCAUGCAGAAAUCAGGCUCCAGCUUGAAGGGGAUCCAAGUAACCUUGCUACUGUCAUCACGAACGGAGAUGCAAAAGGUUAUUGAGGCUGCUCGUCAGCAGGCCAUGGCACUGCAGGGGUACCUGGCACCCCCAGUUAUCCCUACACAACCCCAGCAACCUUCAGCAUCUCUAGCUCCCUCAGCACCCUCAGCAUCUCAAGCACCCUCGGUUCCUGCGUUGCAGCAGACUUCAGCAUCAGCCAUACCACACCAACCCUUAUCUGCACAUGCACCAUAUCAAGGUCACACACACUCACAUAUUGAAGCUCAGCAACAAGUAACACCUCAUAUGUCUUCACAUAUUAACUCUCCCCCAACUCAGCCAAACUUACAACAAGCUCCUCCACCAAUGUCAGUGCCUCCCUCCUCUCACCCUUCUUCUGGUCCCUCACAGACUCCAUCUCAUGCCUCCUCUCACAUUCCAAACCAAGCUGCAUCUCAUGGUCCCCAUAAUUCUACUGCUGCUGCUAAUGAUAUACAAGCUUCUCAUUCUAAUUCAUCAGCAAAUGUAACUGAUAAAAAGGAAGAUAAGAAAUCAACUUCAUCGUCUUCAUCAUCCAAAAGGGAUAAAGGACGUGACAGUCGGAGACGUAGGUCUAAGUCACGCAGCAGGACACGUUCCAGGUCUCGUGAUCGAGAUCGCCGCAGACGUCACAGAACCAGGUCAAGAUCUCGUAGCCGUGACCGAAGUGGCCGGAGUCGUAGACGCACAAGGAGUCGUGAACGAGAUCGUGGCAGAGAUAGGAACCGCGACCGUGAUCGUGAUAAGGAGCGUAGCCGCAUUGGUCGUGACCGUGGUGAUCGAUUUAGCCAAGAAAACAAUGAUAUUGUAGCUGUUUCACAGGAGUUGCCAUCUAGCAAAGAUAUUACCAGUAGUGGUGCAGAAGGAAUACCAGGCCUGGGCGACAUUCCUAGUGCUAGUAUGAGAGGACCUCUACCAAGUCUCUCAGAACCCAUCAAAAAUUCUCCUAUCCAGACACCAUCACCUGCCCCAAUGCCAGCAUACAGUUCAGCACAUUCAUUUAAUCCCGUGCCAUCUUACACUACAGCACCUCCAUUUAUCACUGGGCUACCUUUCAGUAUGGGAAACAUGAGUGUUCCUCCUCCAUCCAUACCCAUGUUAAAUACCUUCCAUGAACCUAUGGACACAGAGGCUCCAGAUGAUCAUCCAAUUAUUGUAGAAGGUCCAGGAGAUUAUAUGGAUAAUCAGUUGUCUAGAAAGCCUCCUAUCCCAAGGAAUGAAAAUAUGGGUGGUCUCCUUAGAGGCUCUGAUGAUAGUUCACAGAGACCUGAAAAUAAAGGUCUGUUAGGCGAUGGUCCUCCAUUUGGAAGCUUUGGUAGAGGAAUGGCUCCAAGAAAUAAUGAGAAUUUUGGAUUUGUUGGGCAUCCAAGGAAUCGCUCACUUCCUAAUGAACCAGAAAAUGAGUAUAACAUUGAUCAGUUUGACUCGCAAGGCCGACCUGAUAUACCCCAAAGAGGCUGGGAUUCUAAAGAAGGAAAAGAUACAAGUAAUAACAAGUCAAGAGAAUUUAGAGAUGAAAAGGAUACCAGAGAUAGAAGCAGUUUCAGGAAUGAAAUGGAUCCAAGAGAAGGAAGAAAUAAUAGAGAGGAAAGGCUUCCAAAGGAUGUCAAAGAAAGCCAUGAAGAGAAAGGUUCUCAUGAUGAUCCAGAAAGGCUUGGGGGCUGGGAGUCUCGUGGUAAACGAGAGCCUCAUGGUGAACGUGGGACCCGCUGGGAUGCUGCAGACAGACGUGAUGAUACAGAUGAAUCAUCAAACUGGAGUAGUCGUGGUAAACGUGAAGGCUGGAAUGGUCGGGAAGAAGACAAAUGGACAGGUAGAAACAGUGGAGAUAAGCGAGAAAACUGGAAUGAAAAAGAAAGCUGGAAGCAUGAUCCUCAUGGCUGGGAAGAAGAAGCUUAUUAUCAUAUGGAUCAAGACAGACAAGGUGAGGAACAUGACCGCUUUAGUGAAGCAUACAGUUAUCGAGGUCAUCGAAGUAGAGGAUUGCGUGGCAUGGAAAGAGGGCGAAUUAGUCGAGGUGGACGAGGUUUUAAUCCACGCUUUGGUGCAUAUCAUGAAGGGUACCAAGAUGAAAAUCUUGAUGAUGGUUUUGGUUUUCGUGGAGGAUAUAGAGGACGUGGAGGUUUUCGUGGUAGGGGUGGUCCCUAUAGCUAUAGGGAAGGUAGCUCAGAAUGGGGAGAUGACAAUACUACGUGUAGUGUAGAAAUCCGCAAUAUACCUACAAACACUUCAUAUCGAGCUAUACGUGAACUUUUCCGUGGUAUUUAUGUUCCUAAAACAAGUAUUAAACUUCUAGCUGACGAUCAAGGGAAUAGAAUAGAUGUUGCACUACUACAGUUUUCCUUACCUCGGGAUGCUCACAAAGCUGUUAGAUACUCUGGCAAUUAUAUAUUUGAUAAUAAAGUAGAGGUUAACUUAAUUCCUGAGGCCAAAUAUGAAGCUGCAGUAGAUAUUAACAAAAUGACAAAUAAUAAAUCACAGAGUAAUAAACCUCCAAGUUUACCUGAAGACAAACUCUCCUGGGCAAACAGUGCUUGUGUGUGUGUGUCUGGCCUCCCAGUAGGAUGCACUGAUCAUGAUGUUGCUCAGAUGUUCACUCAAUUCAAAAUUGAAGACAUUGUCCUGGAAAGAGAGAAGGGAACUCGUCAGCCAUCUGGGCGUUGCUUCGUGCGUCUAACCUCCACAGAAGAUGCUCAACAAGCUGUUAAUAACCUACUCAAUGCUUCUAUUGAUGGAAGCCCCCUCACUGUAGAAAUAUGUCCACCUGAGGCUAUGGUACCUGCUGUUAGGGACAGAGAUUUGAUUCUAAGUAGCAGUCAAGUAGUUAAACCUCAGCAGGAUCAAAAGAUGAAUUCUAAGCCACAGACAAAUGUGGAAAAUAAAACUGAAAAACAAAAUGGUGAGGGAUCACAAAGCAAGAACCCAGCAGUGGGUGCUGACUUACUUACAGACUCUGUGUCCAUGAAAGGAGUACCAAAAGAUGCAACGGAAAUAAAUAUUCGAGAUUUUUUCAGUGAUGAGGGGCUGGUGCCAGAACGAGUACAUUUUUGUGAUCCAGACACUAAUGGAAUGCGUGAAGUAUAUGUUAUGUUUCCUCUGAUUGAAGAUGCCCGGCGUGCUGUGGGAAAGACUAAGCAACAGCUUUGUAAAGUUAAGGUCGAGGUGGAAAUGAUAGCAAAACCUCUUGUUAUGAUUGCAAUGGGUCUCCCAUUUGAUCCUCUCGAACUCAUAAGGAAAGGACAAAAGGUUGGUGCCCCUGCAGUUGGAGGAAAAUCAGAAAAGAAUACAGAAAAUGUUAAUACUGAGGAAAAAGUACCUACACAGUCAAAGGAAACAAGUGAAUCUGCAUCAAAAGAAAAACAUCAACAGCAGCAGCAGAAACAGCAACAACAGCAGCAACAGCAAGGUAACCAAAAUGAAUCAGCAUCUGAUUCUGAAUCGAAUAGAGAUCAAGUGAAAGAAUCUCCGCAUAAUAUGGAGCAGCAGAGUUCGAGUUCUUUCUCUAAUCCUGGAGGAAUGAUUCAGGGCCUCUAUAGAGGUGGACUGAUGGGGCAUUUUCCUGGUGGAUCACGAGGAUACCGUCCCCGAGGAGAAAUGAGAGGCAUGAGCAGGAUGCCUGGUGGCUUACCCGGCCCUCGAGGACCAAGUGAUGGAUCUUUCAGCAGAAUACGAGGACCCCUCUCACUAUUAAGAGAUAGCUUAGAUAAACCUAUUGGUGAAGAAGCCAUGGGAACAGCUAUUCCACCAGAGAAUUUUGGUAAACCAGGCUGUGUCGUUGCAUUAAAGAAUGUUCCAUAUCGUGCUACAACCGAUGAUAUCCUUGGAUUUUUCCAAGAGUUUGCAACUCUCCGACCAGAAAAUAUUAUUAGACGGUAUAAUGAGUUUAACCAACCCACAGCUGAUGCACGUGUUGCAUUCCCUACUCCCCAGGAAGCUCAGCGGGCUGUACAGACACUCAACAAAAAAUACAUGACCAACAGACAAGUGUUCCUCUCUCUUGUACAGGAGUAAAACCUAGUUUACUUCAGCUUAUAUGUCACUUCCAUGUAGAGUCAUAAAAUCUUUGUUGAUGAUAUUAAAUAAACCUUGUUUUAUUAAAUGGGUCUAGUUUACAGUAAUUAUUAAUACUGUAUUGUACAUGGAUGUUAAAAUUUCACGGAUUUUUUCACUUUAUUUUAUAUCGUGUGAAGGAGUUUUUAUAUAUAUUAGAUUGUAAUGCACAUCGCAGUACCUGUGAAUUAAGUAUACAAACAGUUUAGUUUUACAAAUGAAGUUAACUUAGGAUAUAAAGAUCCUUAUGUACAUAGUAUGUUUAAGUUCUUCCUGAGGUACUCAGGAACUGACUUAGAUAAUAGUCUGUUAGUAUUACUUGAUUAUUUUGUAUAUAAAGUAAAAUAAAGUACUUUCUUAAGAUUU